AUGAGCGCAGCGCCCGGCACUGAUAGGAGCAAACUACAGUACAACCCUGAAUCGGUCCUGCUCCGGUGCCUGGUCGAGUGCCGACUUGUCACGCCCGGUCAACGUCAACUGCGACUUGAUCACGGCCCCUUCCAGUACGCCGCCGACCUGAGCCCCGACGGUCUGGUCACCUGCGCCAACCGAGUCUUUGCCAGCCUGACUGAUUUUGUGGCCCAUUGUCAACGUGAGGUGGCCACUGAGCUUGGGCCCGCCCAGCUUGAUCCCUGGGCCAGCGUGCGUCAUCUGGGAACCCCGCUUGCUGAGCUCGUGACAAACUGCCCACCCACUGCACGGGCCUCACCUUGCCUCAACUCCUUCUUUUACCCUGUUUUGCCCGAAAGCAAGGCGUGGCAGCUCUACCAGUCUUGGCGUGACCACAACCAUCCUCCGCACCUGCGCAUGCAUACCCAGCAGUGCACUGUCAGCCAAGCGCUUACUCAACUUUUGCCCGCCUCUGCCAAGCGCCUGUCUGCUGUUGCACGGGCGGACGGGUCAUCGGUUCCACCUGGCACGGAUGCGCGGCCACAGCUGAAGCAUCUCUCGCGUUCGUCCAUUGCUUCGCGCCUAAGUAUCCCCUUGCCUGUCCCCCGCGCCAGUCUCAACUCGGACUCUGCCGUUCCAUCCGCACCCCUCCCCCUCCGCUCGACCCCUUCCGAACCACGACAAAGCGACACGCCACCCGGAACCGUCAGAUCAGGCACCUCAGCCAACAGCAACCCCAGGGCCAGGCCCUCCUCCAUUGUCUUGCCUGCCCCUCGAGUGGGCCUUGAUCAAGUGCCGAUUCCCGUUCUCACACCAGCUGACAAGCCCCCUCCAAGCACCAUGUCAGCCACUCCCACCGCCAGCGACGAAAAAGCUCGGAUUGUCGCAACCAGCCACAGCCCGCAGAGCCCCUCUGCCCCGGACUCACUCAAAGCCAACGCUGUGGAAUCGCCUGUCCCUGAUUCCAAAGCUGCCCAAACUGGCCUUGGCGAGCAAGUUGACGACAGCCCCAGUGUUGAGGCCCACCCUGAUGUCAUUGCCCACCCUCAAGAUGAGCGCGAGGCCGACCUCAAGGACGACUUCAAGCGACCUUCAAAGGAUGAAUCAAAAGACGCUUCAAAGAAUGAUUUGAAAGAUGAUGUGGAGAACGAUCCUCUUGUCGACACCACCGCUGACCUCGAAGCUAGCGUCAAAUCAAACCCCGCUGACAGUUCUGAAGCUUCUCAGCCAGACAGUGGUUCAUUGGCUCAGGACGGGCCCCAGAAAGCAUGCUCGCAGGCUGAGAGCAAGAACCGUGGUGCUCCUGAGCCAGAAGUUGAGUAUUGUGACACGGUUCACUCCGAAAUCGUGGCGGAUCCCAACACCGUCACUUCCGGAUUCAUCAUGCACGCAACACCCGAUGCAUGGUGCGAUGGCUUUUCUGCCAAAGAAGACUUUGUUUACCCCGACACGCAGCAUCGACCAUUAUACUUCCAGUGCAUCAAUAGCCCCCGCUCCUACAAUUGUCCAAGGUCGCUCUGUCCGCUCCGAUUGGCCACAACGCAAGAUGUGGAUCUGCACAUGCGAGCUCGUCAUGGCUGCACGCUCAGCUCGACCAAGGUUGCCAAUACAAAAAUCGUUCGUUGGAACAAGCCCAGUGCAAAAACCGUCAUCUACAGAAUAUUUGAUCAGAACCGCCGGCCCUUUCCCUUCCAUGACCUUUACGGUCGCAGAAUUGAUACGCCAAGCUACUUUACGGAUCACCCCGAGCUCUUUGCCCCCGCGGACCAGGACGAGCACGCGCCGCCCAAUCGCUCGUUGAGAUCUGCCCCCAAAACGGGCCAACCCGAAACGCCCGGCUCGGGCCAUGCCGCCAAAAGGGCCAAAACAAAUGGAACGCGUGCUUCGGCGAUGGAGCAUCCACCAAACUGUCGCACCAUCGCGCCUUCGCGCGAGUACGAACUUGUCAAGCAGAUGAUGUCUUUCCUUCUGAGUUCGCUUUUCCUUCUCUCUCUCUCUCUCUCUCACUCUCUCUCUCUCUCUCUCUCCUUUGCCCCAUUUUUUUUGUCUGCCUUUGAGAAAUUCGAUGUCUCGUUGCCCUUCAUGUUCACCACUGAUGAUCAAACAUGGCUGGCUCCCGACAAGCUUUACCUCAGUAGUGGCUGUAAAGCUCGAAUGCAGGACCGCUUAAACGCUCUUGCGCGGCUCGAGGACGCGUUGGAUGCUUCAGAUGUGGCAGCCUGGCCAGUCCUGGUUGGCAAAGGCGGCUCGCACCACCAGACGAGGCUUCCAAUUCGUCUUGCUGUGCUCAAGAGCAGGCGACAAACGCAAUAUAAUCCGUAUACGUUGAUCGAGUGCAACCGUUUCGACGAGAACGUCCAUGUGUGUCCUUUUCGGGUGCAAGUCGAUGGCGGAGCCCUGCUUUUGAUGGAGUUUCAUAGUCACAUGGCGACAACUGAGAUUAUUGGCUUUUUGGGAGGCACGUACGAUGCUAAAAACCAGCUGCUGACCGUCUCACUGGCGGUACCGUGUGCGGCGAUGGAGGAGGAUGCUUUCCAGCGUGAGCAGAGUGUGGAGAUGGCCCCCGAGAGCGGUGAUCGCGCUCGCCAUUUGAUUGAGAAGCGCGGCAUGACCGUGGUUGGCUGGUAUCACAGUCAUCCAGCCUUUUGCCCCAAUCCCUCUUUGCGUGAUAUCGAAAAUCAGCAAUCAUUCCAGCAGUUUUUGACAAAAGACACUGACAACGAGCCCUUUGUCGGUAUAAUUGCAGCACCCUAUCACCGACUCCAAAGCGAAUCAGCCAGUGAGAAGCAUGCUCGAGAAGCUGCCACACUGGGUGACAUUCGCUGUUUUUGGGUGGAUCGUUCGCACGCCACUGAAUUCCACGGCACAGCAUACGGCACACCCAUGCAUCUGGACUACGAGGUGUUGGUGCAGGAGCAGAUUGACGACCACUUGUUCGCGGACCUGAUCAACCUUUGCAAUUAUUAUGAGGUGUACGCAUCUCGAGCCGACAUGUCAACGGCCGUGGUGGAUGGCAUGAGCCGAUUGGAAAAGCUGCGAUCAUGCCUGAUUCAGCGGUUGCCACAAACCCUCAGCAAGAGCGUGCGCGACGAUGUUGCUAGCCGUCUCACCUCGCUUCUAAACAUGGCUGAUACCUUGGCGCAGUUUGGCGACGAUCGCCUUCCUUCCGCACAACCUUCAGAGACACCCAUGCCUCAACCCAAGACGGAAGUUGUCACAGACGUUGGCUCGACGGAUACGCCGCCUGCAGACAAAAUGGAAGUGGUAUCAUGA